AUGGUUUCAGGCAAGGUACUCGGCCUGACCAUGGCGCUCUCAACUUUGCUCCCUGCUUCCCUGGCUUUAAACGUCAACUCGCCGUCUAAUGUCGCUGUUUACUGGGGCCAAGGUCCGAACCAGCAACGUCUGAGCCAUUUCUGUCAGGAGACCGACAUUGAUAUCAUCAAUCUUGCUUUUAUCGAUGUCUUCCCCGAGGCUGUGGGUGACUGGCCUGGCUCGAACUUCGGCAAUCAAUGUGAUGGCAAUACCUACAACGGCACUCAGUUGCUCAGCGGCUGCCACCAGAUCUGGGAGGACAUUCCAGUCUGCAAGGAGUAUGGCAAGACUAUCAUGCUUUCUAUUGGAGGUGCAACUGCCUGGCAAAAGCUUCAGGAUGACGCGGUUGCCAACUGGUUCGCCGACUUCCUGUGGUAUUCGUUUGGUCCUUCCAACCCUGACAAGCCCGAGUUCCCUCGUCCAUUCCAGCAGAACUCGGUCGAUGGAUUUGACUUUGACAUUGAGCACGACGGUGGUGCCGGAUAUGCUACGAUGAUCAACCGACUCCGUUCCCAUUACGCCGAGUACCCCGAGGAGACCUUCUACAUCUCGGGGGCGCCUCAGUGCACCAUCCCGGAUGAGCAGCUCGGAAAUGCUAUUGCCAACGCCGCAUUUGAUUUCAUCUGGGUGCAAUUCUACAACACCGCGGGCUGCUCGGCAGCGGACUUCGUGAACGGUGGUUUCAACUACGGAAAUUGGGUGGAUGUCAUCAAGAAGAGUGCCAACCCUUCCGCGAAGCUUUUCGUUGGCCUUCCAGCUAGUGAAGCCGCAGCAAAUGCCGGCUUCUACCUCACCCCCGCGGAGGUGAAGCCUAUUUUGCAGUGGUACAUGAUCUUCUAUCCCGAGACCUUUGGUGGUAUCAUGCUUUGGGAGGCUACCGCCGCCGAAAACAAUGUGAUUGAUGGUUACGACUACACUCAGCAGAUGAAGCAUCUUCUGAACGAGUGUGGGCCUGCUCCUCCCGUCGUGACCUCGACCACCAUGACCGUGACUCCCACGCCGACUCCCACGCCGACUCCCACGCCGACGCCUACCCCCUCGCCAUCCAGCUCUGCGACUCCCUCCAGCUCUGUGACCCCCUCUAGCUCUGUGACCCCGUCGAGCUCCACGACUCCCUCCAGCGCUGUGACCCCGUCGAGCUCUGUGACCCCGUCGAGCUCUGUGACCCCGUCGAGCUCUGUGACCCCGUCGAGCUCUGUGACCCCGUCGAGCUCUGUGACCCCGUCGAGCUCUGUGACCCCGUCGAGCUCUGUGACCCCGUCGAGCUCUGUGACCCCGUCGAGCUCUGUGACCCCGUCGAGCUCUGUGACCCCGUCGAGCUCUGUGACCCCGUCGAGCUCUGUGACCCCGUCGAGCUCUGCGACUCCCUCCAGCUCUGUGACCCCGUCGAGCUCUGCGACUCCCUCCAGCUCUGUGACCCCGUCGAGCUCUAUGACUCCCUCGAGCUCUGUGACUCCCUCGAGCUCUGUGACCCCGUCGAGCUCUGUGACUCACUCGAGCUCUGUGACCCCGUCGAGCUCUGUGACUCCCUCGAGCUCUGUGACCCCGUCGAGCUCUGUGACUCCCUCUAGCUCUGUGACUCCCUCGAGCUCUGUGACCCCGUUGAGCUCCACGACUCCCUCUAGCUCUACGACUCCCUCGAGCUCUACGACUCCCUCGAGCUCCGCGGCCCCGUCAAGCUCUACCGUUCACUCUAGCUCUGUGACUCCCUCUAGCUCUAUGACCCCGUCGAGCUCCGCGACUCCCUCUAGCUCUGCGACUCCCUCGAGCUCCGCGGCCCCGUCAAGCUCUACCGUUCACUCUAGCUCUGUGACUCCCUCGAGCUCUGUGACCCCGUUGAGCUCCACGACUCCCUCUAGCUCUACGACUCCCUCGAGCUCUACGACUCCCUCGAGCUCCGCGGCCCCGUCAAGCUCUACCGUUCACUCUAGCUCUGUGACUCCCUCCAGCUCUAUGACCCCGUCGAGCUCCGCGACUCCCUCUAGCUCUGCGACUCCCUCGAGCUCCGCGGCCCCGUCAAGCUCUGCCGUUUACUCUAGCUCUAUGACUCCCUCCAGCUCUGUGACUCCCUCCAGCUCUGUGACCCCGUCGAGCUCUAUGACUCCCUCGAGCUCUGUGACUCCCUCGAGCUCUGUGACCCCGUUGAGCUCCACGACUCCCUCUAGCUCUACGACUCCCUCGAGCUCUACGACUCCCUCGAGCUCCGCGGCCCCGUCAAGCUCUACCGUUCACUCUAGCUCUGUGACUCCCUCCAGCUCUAUGACCCCGUCGAGCUCCGCGACUCCCUCUAGCUCUGCGACUCCCUCGAGCUCCGCGGCCCCGUCAAGCUCUACCGUUCACUCUAGCUCUGUGACUCCCUCCAGCUCUAUGACCCCGUCGAGCUCCGCGACUCCCUCUAGCUCUACGACUCCCUCGAGCUCCGCGGCCCCGUCAAGCUCUACCGUUCACUCUAGCUCUGUGACUCCCUCCAGCUCUAUGACCCCGUCGAGCUCCGCGACUCCCUCUAGCUCUGCGACUCCCUCGAGCUCCGCGGCCCCGUCAAGCUCUGCCGUUUACUCUAGCUCUAUGACUCCCUCCAGCUCUGUGACUCCCUCCAGCUCUGUGACUCCCUCGAGCUCUGUGACUCCCUGCAGCUCUGCGACCUCCUCUGGAACUCACUCUGUCACUCCUUCCAGCCACUCGGUCUCGUCCAGCAAGCCGGUCACUUCUGGAUCGACCAUUAUUCCUAGCGGAACGGCUUCUGAGACCUCCGACUGUUCCUCUACGGCUUCAUCGAGUGCGUCUAAGAAGACUUCGGUCUCAACAGCGCUAUCUUCAGGCAUCCCUAGUGGCACCACUGUUGUCUCCAGCCUGACUUCCGCUUCUGGAAAGCCAUCUAGUAGCUUCGCUACCCCCACUUCCGUCGCUAGUCAGUCUGGUACCUCUUCCACAGUCACCCGCACCAGCUCGAGCAUCUCUUCGGAACAUCCUGGCUCCCAGUCGACUAGCCAAUCUCAGACAACUGGCAAUGGAUCUGGGUCUGGCAAGAUUACAUCCCUGGUCACUGCCAAGCCGUCGGUGACGCCCACUCCUACAUCGUCCGCGGAUGUCACCACCACGGUCAUUGUCACAUCAUACACUGAUAUCUGCCCUACCGGCUUCACUACAAUCACGACUACGAUCACGACAACCUGGUGCCCUGAAGCUACUGCCAGUGUGACUAAGCCGGCUAUUGGUCCACAAACCACCUCUGCUUCCAUUCCGGAAGGCUGGACCACCACUGUGACGGUUUGCACGCAUUGUGCCGCGACUCCCACGACAGUGACUCUGACAAAGCCUAUUCCUACCACUGCGAUGACGACGGCCGUUGAAACUUCUGCUGCGCCCACGACUGAGAUCUGGACGGAGACCUGGACCACAACUGUCACAUUCUGCAAGCACUGUGGUCCUACUGGUUCGACUGUCACUCGCACAAUUCCUUACACCCCCUCUGCUCCUGUUACUACAGCAACUCUUGUAUGGGCCUCGGGUAGCCCAUCUGGUGCUUCCGGCCCUACCGGCGGCGUCCCUACGUCUUCGGCUGCUGUCUUCUCUACCUCGAAGGGAGCCGGUGCAGGACCUGGAGCCGUGCGCCCGAGCAGCCAGACGCCGGGUUUCACCCUGCACGCGUCGAAGACCGUGUCCCAUGAGACUACUGCCCCUACUACUAGCGCCGGUAGCGGAGAGGGAGUUACCCCCGUUUUCAAUGGAUCUGGAUCUCAGUCGGGCCUGAUCAACUUCGCAGGCGCCCUUCUCGCCGUCUUCAUUUCUGCUGCCGUUUUGAUUUAA